AAACUCCCUCUUACUCCCGUGUUUCGCGGUCAAACCGCCUUCCGAGGCGUCACAGCUCCUCCUCACACCCCAGAGCUCCUCCUCCAGUGGUAUUUAUGAGAUAAAUCGGCCGGACGAAGUGGCAAAUGUGUAACAAGAUGAGCGAGAAGGAAGGCAAGGAGGAGGAGAGAGCGCCGUUGAUCGAGGAGACUUCGCAGUUGCUUAACCCUUUCGUGCAUCGCCUGGAGCUCAACACGGCCUAUGACAAGUUCAAGCUGGUGCUCAUGUCCAUCUUCGUGGUCCCCGUGCGCGUGGUGGGCAUCAUGAUCACGCUGCUGGUGGCCUACGUCCUGGCCUCCGCCGGGCUGUGGGGUCUGUCCAGGGACCAGCUCGCCGCGCGGCCUCUCAGCGGGUGGCGUCGGCAGAUACGCUGGUAUAUGGGCUGUGUUGGUCGAAUGAUGAUGAGGUGCUUUGGCUGCCAGUGGAUGAAAAUAAAAGGGCGCAUUGCUACUAAAAAGGAAGCACCAAUCCUUAUUGUUGGCCCUCAUAGCAGUUUCUUUGAUUGCAUCGCAGUUUUCUGGUCCAAUGUUCCAUGUCUGGUGAACCGCAUAGAGAACCUACAGCUCCCCCUGUUUGGCAAGUAUAUUGAUUAUACGCAACCUGUGUAUGUAUGGCGUGAAGACACUAAUUCUCGACAGAACACAAUACAGGAGAUUAAGCGUCGGGCAACGAGUGAUGAGGACUGGCCGCAGGUAAUGAUUUUCCCUGAGGGGACUUGCACCAAUCGCUCCUGCCUCAUUACUUUCAAACCGGGAGCGUUUUACCCGGGAGUGCCUGUACAGCCAGUCCUCAUCCGCUACCCCAAUCGCACCGACUCUUUCACGUGGACUUGGGACGGCCCAGGAGCCUUGAAGAUGCUUUGGGUCACCUUGUGUCAGUUCCAUAAUUUCUGUGAGCUUGAGUAUCUCCCAGUUUAUACCCCCAGUGAGGAGGAAAAGAGAGAUGCUAAACUUUUUGCUAACAAUGUACGGCAGGUCAUGGCAGAUGCCCUAGGUGUGCCUGUUGCAGACUACACCUAUGAUGAUUGCCGACUAAUGCACAAGGCCAAACUCAAAAAUUUGCCUUACCAAACUGGAUUGAUUGAGUUCCAAAAGCUCCGCUAUCGCCUUGGUCUGAAUUUGAAGAAUGUUGAGGAAGAACUCCUGACUCAGUAUGCAGACAUUGCUGUCAGUGAUGGCAAAAUAACUCUCUCUGACUUUGCAAAAUAUUUAGGAAUACCAGAGCAUGAACCAGCUCUUGUUGAACUUUUCCACCUUUAUGACAAGGAUAACUCUGGCACAAUAGACUUCCGUGAAUACCUCAUAGGAUACUGCCAGUAUUCGCAGCCAGCCAACACGGAGGACACUCUCAAGUGGGCCUUCAAGCUCUUCGACCGUCGAGGGAAGGGCCACAUCCUCCUGGAUGAUCUCAUAAAGGCUCUUCGGGCAUCGUUGGACAUGACGCCCGAGGAGACCACUAGGAUAUUUAAGCAAGCAGAUCAGGAUAGCAAAGGCUAUAUCACUUACGAGGACUUCGAGGCCCACGCCAAGAGGAAACCUGAGUAUGCCAAGAUCUUCCUCACUUACCAAGAGAGCAUCAAGAACGGCACAAGACCUCGUUCAAUCCACCAGCCUCCACCCGGCAAGAAGAAAGCCGAUUAGAUCACAUAUCUCAUGUCUAGGGUUAACAUUAAGUUUGUUAUAAGUGUCCACUUGUAAUGCUUCGCGUGGACGGAGAAGCAAGAUUCACUUCACUCAUGUUGUUAUGUCCCCUUUUUCCUUUUGUUAUUUCUCAUCUUUUUCCUCUGUGGCUUUUCUGGUGUUUAAGAAGAAUCAGAAUAUAAUUCAGCACAUGAAAUUUAGUGAUCAUUGGUAUUUAUUAGUUGUAUGUAUAAAAGAAACAUGAUUUUUUUUCUUAUCUGUCAGUUACAGAGCAGAUUAUUACAUAAGCACUGAUUAUUAUUAUUUCAUGGUAUUUUCAGCCAUUUUAUAGUUUUAUGGUUAAGCUGAUGGGAAGUGGCUACUUGAGAUUUUUUAAUAUCAUGCACUGCAACAAAUGUAUAAAGAGAAAUUUAAUUUAAAUACUUUAUUAUUAAAGAGAAUAAGAAACCCAAAUUUUGAUUGCUAGUGGCAAAAGACUAAGAAAUUUUAUGUUUUCUUUAUUUUAAGAUUCCAUGCUAGGUAUGUAAAUAUUUGCGGAAACAUGUGGUGAACUGACUAUUCUAAGUUCUUUUCAUAUAUUUUCAUUUUUGUUUUAUUAUUUUUGUUUUUUUCUGUUUUGCUUUUUUGCUUUUGAUAAUGCCUCAUUUUUUCAAUUGUACAUAUGUUGGUAUUUUCUCCUAUGCAGAGUUUUAUUAGGUAGUUUCUUUUACCUUGCUUUUUCUCAUCUGAUGA